AUAAUUAUUUUGUCAAUUAACCGGAACUGGUCGUUCGCGGUCGCACGUACGUACGUACGUACGGAUAUGCACGGCAAAUGUUGUGACACUUGAUGAGAAGAACUUAAUUUAGACGUGGAAAUGUGAAGUUCAGCUUGUGCUAUUUUACGUAACUUAACUCACAGUGUGUCCUGUAGACUGUCGAGUAGUUGUUUAGGACGAAUCGACAGCCAGUGUCAGUACCGUUGCGUUGGCAAAAUCAACGGUCAGCCACAGCAGCCUCUGGGGCGAGUCGUUAUGAUUCGAAGUCGUUGACAGAAAAGACCCGUGAGAUACUGAACGACGCAGGACAACAUGGGGAUGAGUAUUCCGAAACCGAGUUGCGGCCACAGGUUCCUGCGGGUUGCCCUGUUCUUCUACAUGUUCUUUUAUUGGCUGAUUGGGGUUGUCAUUCUCAGCGUCGGCAUCUAUGCAGAGAUCGCAAAAUGGAACUAUCAAUCUAUGGUGGAUGUCUUUGUAACUCCCUCCAGUAUCAUGGUGGUAGUGGGCGUCUUCAUGUUCAUCUUAGGUUCCUUAGGAUGUAUCGGAGCCCUCCGAGAGAACAUAAUUCUGCUUAAGAUUUUUGGCUGGACCCACGCCAUUAUCUUCAUCUUGUUGCUAGUGUGUGGCAUCAUUGCUCUAAUCUUCAGGGGACAGGUGAAGGAUUUAGUGAGCCAAUCCUUCAAGAACACCAUUGAGGACUAUUACAAUGAUCCGGACAUCCAGUUCACCAUAGACUCCAUCCAGCUGAACUUUGACUGCUGCGGUGGUUUCGGUUUCGAAGACUGGGAGAAUAACAUUUACUUCAUGUGUAGCAGCCCCGGCGUGACAGCGUGCGGAGUUCCUUACUCGUGCUGCAAAUCAGCAGAGACCGACAUUGUCGUGAACACCCAGUGUGGUAACGGAGUGCGGGAGGGUGUUCAGCAUCGCUACGAAGUUUCCGACAUCAUCCAUGUCAGUGGGUGCACGGACGCUGUGCUGACGUGGGCCGAGGACAAUCUAGGCCUGAUGGGUGGAAUAGCUCUGGCCUUCGCCUUUACCCAGAUCUUUGGAAUUUUCAUGUCCUUCUUGUUCAUCACCCAAGUUGAGAAGGAGAGAGAUGAGUAUGAUGGGGGUGCACCCAAAGGCGAGGCAGCGGAGCCACUGAAAGCUUAAAAUGACCUCCAUAGCUUCAUUGCAGUAUGUAGACUCUAGUGGUGGGAUUAAAGGGAAUAUACAUCAUUUGCUUUUGCUGUAAUUUUCAGAAAUGGAUGGAAUUGGGGGGUUGGAAAUAUAUAGC